AACCCCAGAGUCUUCUGGCUCCUGCUGCUUUUAAUCUUUUUUGGAUAUUUCUCCGAUUUUUCCAAACGCCCACAGAGCCUCAGGAAAACCUCUUAAUUCAACCAGCGAUCAUGGAAGAAAGUACCACUUUCUAUUUACAAAAUAUUCUAAAGAUGUUUGGAUAUCGCUUUGCUGCAUGGAGAUGGCUGUUUGUAGGGGAACAAGUAUACAGCCUAUAUUGUUACAGUCAUUUUGCAAGGACUAUCAUCUCUGCCGCUUCUAAAGGAACAUCAUCUUCAGCGAGCUAUCUCGGCACAGCAGGUAUAUGGAGAGAAGAGGGAUAAUAUGGUUAUACCGGUCCCAGAGGCAGAAAGUAAUAUCGCUUACUAUGAAUCUAUAUAUCCUGGGGAAUUUAGGAUGCCAAAGCAGCUCAUUCACAUACAGCCUUUUAGUUUGGAUGCUGAACAGCCUGAUUAUGACUUGGAUUCAGAAGAUGACGCCUUUGUGAAUAAGUUGAAGAAAAGAAUGGACAUCUCUCCUUUGCAGUUUGAGGAGAUGAUAGACAGGCUAGAAAAGGGCAGUGGUCAGCAGCCAGUCAGCCUGCAGGAGGCCAAACUGCUUCUGAAGGAAGAUGAUGAAUUAAUUAGAGAAGUGUAUGAGUACUGGAUUAAAAAGAGGAAAAACUGUCGAGGUCCCUCUCUUAUCCCAGCAGUAAAACAAGAGAAGCGAGAUGGUUCCAGCACAAAUGAUCCUUAUGUUGCUUUUAGAAGGCGAACAGAAAAGAUGCAGACUCGAAAAAAUCGAAAGAAUGAUGAAGCAUCUUAUGAAAAGAUGCUUAAGUUGCGUCGAGAUCUGAGUCGUGCAGUAACUAUCCUAGAGAUGAUAAAGAGAAGGGAAAAAAGCAAGAGGGAGUUAUUGCAUUUAACACUGGAAAUUAUGGAAAAGAGGUAUAAUUUGGGUGACUACAGUGGAGAGAUCAUGUCCGAGGUUAUGGCACAGCGGCAGCCAAUGAAACCUACCUAUGCCAUCCCCAUCAUUCCUGUUACAAAUAGCAGUCCAUUUAAGCAUCAAGAAGCUAUGGAACUGAAGGAAUUCAAAGUUAACAAGCAAGAGAAAGCUGAUGUUAUAAGACCCAAAAGGAAAUACGAGAAGAAGCCCAAAGUCUUGCCUUCAUCUGCUGCUGCUACUCCUCAACAGACAAGUCCUGCUGCACUGCCAGUCUUUAAUGCUAAAGAUCUGAAUCAGUAUGAUUUCCCAAGCUCAGAUGAAGAACCUCUUUCCCAAGUUAUGUCUGGUUCCUCCGAAGCUGAGGAAGAAAAUGAUCCUGAUGGUCCUUUUGCUUUCCGUAGGAAAGCAGGUUGUCAGUACUAUGCUCCUCAUUUAGACCAAACCGGCAACUGGCCAUGGAGUAGUCCUAAAGAUGGAAGAUUAGGAGAUGUCCGCUAUAGAUACUGCUUAACCACGCUCACUGUACCCCAAAGGUGUAUUGGGUUUGCACGAAGACGGGUUGGUCGUGGUGGAAGGGUGCUACUGGACAGAGCGCAUUCAGACUACAACAGUACGUUUCGCCAGCUGGAUUUGGAAAUGCUUUCCUCAACGCAACACUCUUCAAUCAGUCAAGUUGCCAAUACCUCAGAAACAAAUACCUCGGACAAAUCUUUCUCUAAAGACCUCAGUCAGAUACUAGUCAAUAUCAAAUCAUGUAGAUGGCGGCAUUUUAGGCCUCGGACACCAUCUCUACAUGACAGUGACAAUGAUGAACUCUCCUGUAGGAAAUUAUACAGGGGUAUAAAUCGAACAGGCACAGCACAACCUGGGACCCAGACAUGCAGUACCUCUAUACAAAGUAAAAGUAGCAGUGGUUCAGCACACUUUGCAUUUACAGCCGAACAAUACCAGCAACAUCAACAGCAACUGGCACUAAUGCAGCAACAGCAGUUUGCACAAAUUCAUCAACAGCAAGCAAAUAGUAAUUCCUCUGCCAACACUUCACAGAACCUUGAAACUAACCAACAGGAAAGUGGCUUUCGCCUGAAUCUACAUCAUAGCCAUUCUGUAAAGUGUUUAGAAGGGACACUGCAGGGUUUUGUUUCCAAGACAUUGGAUUCUGUUAGUGCUCAAUUUGCUGCUUCAGCUUUGGUAACAUCUGAACAAUUGAUGGGAUUCAAAAUGAAGGAUGAUGUGGUGCUUGGAAUUGGGGUGAAUGGCAUCCUUCAGGCCUCAGGAGUAUACAAGGGCUUACACCUCAGUAGUACUACACCUACAGCACUUGUACAUACAAGUUCAUCGUCAGCAGCAGGUUCAACCUUGUUACCGCCUUCAAAUAUAACACAGACUUCGAGUUCCCACAGUGCCAACUCUGCAACAGCUCAGGUCCUGAUUGGGAACAACAUUCGAUUAACUGUACCCUCAUCAGUUGCCACUGUAAACUCUAUUUCCACACGACGUAUACCUAGGACUUUAAGUGCUGUUCCAUCAUCUGCCUUAAAGCUGGCUGCAGCAGCAAACUGUCAGGUGCCCAAGGUUCCAGCUUCAUCCUCUGUGGAUGCAGUACCAAGGGAAAACCAUGAAACAGAAAAGCCAGCACUGAACAAUAUAGUGGACAAUACAGUAGCAAUGGAGGUGACGUAGUUUCCAUAGGAAUGGAACUGCAGCCUUGGGAACUUGUUUAGGUGCUAUGCAUCAGUAGCAUUUUGAAUGCAAGGGAUGAUGGAAUGCCGCACAUUGCGUUUCCAUGGCAGCUGUGGGGACUUGACAGCAAUGCACAUCUCUCAUGCUUUGGAUUUUCUUUUCUUACUGUUAAUAGGAAAGAAUCAACAUCUGUAAAUUAAGAAUACAGCAAUUAUCUGUACAGUACUGCAUAUUUGUAAUACCCUGUAUAUAUGUUACUUGAAUACAGAACUGUUCAUUUGUGAUGCUUUGCACUUGGGG